AUGCCGACACCAUCCACAUUGUACGCUGGGUUCGUAGAUAAUGUUGCAAGAGAUAUUACUCUCACUGCCCUGGACGACGUGGAGAGUAAGGGUCUAGAAGCCACGACAGUCGUUGUUCGUGUUAAGACUUUGGCUUAUGAGUUGCACACAAUCAAACUUAUUCGAUUUCUUCCUUUUUAUGUUCAGUCUUUCGAUGUUAAGAUAUUUUGUUGUCACUUCACCCGUGAUGGCGUUGUCGAUUCCUAA